AAAACCCCUGGCAUAUAUCUCAUUUAUUUUACAUGCCGUGCACAUUAUUUACAGUACAACUUUAAUUAAACAACAUGUGCUCCCUACAGCUGGAUGACUCAUUUCUGUUAAAAACCCGCAGGGCUUCCACUAAUUCGUCUUUCUCUGGGUUUCUGUCUCCUGGAAGCGGUAAUGAGACCAGAGCAGUUCCCUCACAUAAGAGGCGCACGAUCAUAAAUCGUCACGGUCCGAUCCGGCCGGUGGUAGUCGGCAGUAAAGCGUGCGGCACGAACAGACUGAUGGAUCCUUUCACACAUCUGACCAUGUAGAAUUCAUUUAUGUAAAAUUUAAUCCUGACACAGAAGCGCCAAAUUUUAACACGAAAGAAAGCAACACAGUAAAACCGUGAGAAUUAACGUUAAGGGCAGAGAAGAAUGGACGCAAAGGAUCAAGGAGCGCAAAUGGAGCCGCUGCUGCCGACGGUCGAAACCCCCAUCGGAGCCAGGAGGGAGAGGAAUGACGAGGAAGCAGUGGUGGACAGGGGCGGUUCCCGGUCCAUGCUGAAAACGAACUUUGAGAAGGAAGAACUAGAAGGUCACCGGACCCUGUACAUCGGCGUCCACGUCCCCCUGGGUAAGAAAUCCCACAGGAGACAUCGGCACCACAGCCAUCGGAACCGCAAGAGGGACAGGGAGAGGGACUCCGGGGCCGAGGACAGCCGGGAAAAUCUCAGCCAAGACACCCCGUCCCAGAGGGUUCAGUUCCUGCUCGGCACCGAGGACGAUGACGAGGAGCACGUCCCUCACGCCCUCUUCACGGAGCUGGAUGAGAUCUGCCUGCGCGAUGGCCAGGAUGCUGAGUGGAAGGAGACGGCCAGGUGGCUGAAGUUCGAGGAAGAUGUGGAGGAUGGUGGGGAGCGCUGGAGCAAGCCCUACGUGGCCACGCUGUCACUGCACAGCCUGUUCGCACUGCGCAGCUGCAUCCUCAACGGCACUGUCAUGCUGGACAUGCGGGCCAGCUCCAUGGAAGAAGUCGCAGACAUGGUUCUGGACCAGCAGGAAACAUUGGGUCCCCUGGGCGAGGAGGUGCGCAAAAAGAUCCGAGACGCCCUGCUGAAGCAGCACCACCACCAGAACCAGAAGAAGCUGGCCAACCGGAUCCCCAUCGUCCGCUCCUUCGCCGACAUCGGCAAGAAGCAGUCGGAGCCACACUCGAUGGACAAAAACAUGGCCACUUCACCUCCUUGCCACAUACUUCCCUUGGCUGCCUGGCUGGUCUGGCCCUGACCCACAUGGCCGUCCCAUACUUCCCAGUGAUUCCAUCACCUCCACACCCUCCACCUCACGCUUAAGCCACGCCCUCCUUCUACAUGGUACCACGCCCCUGAGACAGAGGUGGAGUCAGUGGACAGGAAGCAGCCUGUUCGGCUCCAGCUCGUCUGCUGGCCGAGACGUAACAGGCUAAGGUGGUAUUUUUGAAGUUUGCUCCUGCUCUGGUGAACGUUCUGUUUCUGAAGAGGUUGGGGGUUUUCUCAGGACUGCUUCUGGACAGUUGAGAUGGGGGGGUGUCUUUAUGCGUGUGUUUACUUCCGAAACGUGCUGGUUAAUGUUUGCACUGAUCACAGUACACGGGAAGAACCUGAUUAGGAGGACUCGUGGAAGUCCUCUGGAUGCUGUAAUAGUGCCGAUGAUUGUGGCUGUGAGGGUUUAAUGGGACGCGCACGUGACAUACGCACGGAUCACCCCUCUGAAGCCAAUCUGCGGAUCUGCCUGCGUUUCCUUUUGCACGAGGCACAAGAGGCAGUAAUCGCUUUGAUUAAUUGUCCCUGCUAACCCUCUUUAUUUGCAUAAUUAACAAUAGGCUGUGUUCUCAAAACUGUUUGUGUGUAAGCAGCUUAACCAUAUUUUACACCUUAUUUUCCCAAACUUAGCACUCUGCCUGCUGAUUUUAAAGCACUAAGAGGCCCGAUGACAAUUUACACAAGUAAUUCUCCAGUCAAGCCAGAAUGUUUUUCGUCACCGUACCAGUCGACAGUUGAGAGUUUAUCAGAAACACUAAUGAGUGGUCAGCCUGCACCAAGAUGGCAGCCUGCAGAUUGUGACACGCCCACGGGUAGCGUUAGCUUGCUUCUGGCUGUUCAUCUCAAACAGGCUUGAUUGGGGGUGCUUGAGCAUAAGUCAUGCCUGGCUGCUUUGAUCCCUGUAUCCACUGGCCUGCAGAUUUCGGCUUCUCGUGGUGUCUGCGAGCUCCGUAGCUGAAG